AUGGAAUUCACCGUCGGCCUCUGCUUCCUUUUUGAUUACAUCCUGCGGUCAGUAGCUAGCUCAGCAAACACUCAUGGCGCCACUCUCUUGUCUGUCGUUUGCUGCGCAGGUUUUACCUCGCUCCGAACAGGCUGACCUACUUGUUCUCCUUCUUUGCUAUCGUCGAUGUGCUCACGGUCGGUGGAAUGCAAGGACAUAUGACAUACCACGCCGGACGGCGGCAUGACGAACGGUGUUGUGUGUGGUUAAUGAAUGUGUGAUAGAUAGCCCCGGUGUUUAUCCAGGUGUUCCUUGUGGGAUUCUACAAUACGAGCGGGGACACCACACACACGCACGGAGACUUCUCGUAUCUGCGUCUCAUCCGGUUGAUGAGGCUGCUGCGCAUCUUGCGUGCCUUGAGGAUCGUACGCUCUGCGCCCGAGAGCGGUCUUUGGCGUGAGAUAUUCCUGCUCGUCUUCACGGCGUUCACUCUGAUCUUCACCACGGCCGGCUUCUAUCAGGUGGGAUUUGCAUUCAUGACCGGCUUUCCGUCAUCUUACCCUGUCUCCCUGUGUGGAUGCAGGUGAUGGAAGAGGGCCUGAGGGGCGUGGCAGACGCCGUUGAUUUCCACCAGGCAUUCUACUUCACCCUGAUAUCCACCGUGGGCAGACCUCGGUGAGACAGACAGACAUCAGACGUGCGCUCGGAUGACACCUGUCUCUGUGUGUUUGUGUCUCGGUCUUCAGCAUCGAGAGCACUACAUGGCGCGGGACGCUGGUGAUCAUCGGUGUGGUGGCACUGUCGAUCAUCAUCAUACCGCAGAAAUUGGGGGAAUUGUGGGAGGUCAGACACGACAUCCAGUGGCUGGCCGGCCAUUCAGUGACGCGCAUAUGUGUGUGUGUGUGUGUGCAGGUGCUCAAACACGAGAACAUCUACACGCGAAGGUGAGACACAAGACUAACACCAUUAUGGAGAUGACCUGCGGUGCACCCGUCAAUUUUCAGGCGUUAUAAGGAGCAGAAUUUUGCUCCCUCGCACUGCAUAGUGGCAGGGGCAAUUGACUUCUCCACCCUCAACGUUUUCCUCUACGAAUUCUACCACGAAGACAGGCUCAGCAACCCUCGGGACAUCGUAAGUUUCGCUGAAACGCUAGUGAUGCUUUCCCGCGCUUCUCUUCUCAUUCAGGUGGUUUUUUCCGAGCACGAGCCCGACAGGCGCAUCAAUGAGCUUCUUGACCACCCUGCGUACAAUCAGAUGGUGUCGUUCAUCCAAGGGUCCGUGCACAGCGAGUACGACCUUGAUCGCACCUGUGCACACUCGGCAAAGGCGAUCUUCCUGUUUGUGGACAAGAACGCCUCGGACCACUCAUUUGAGGACACGAGGAUGAUCUCCUUUGUGCUGGCACUGAAGAACUAUUUCAUGACGAGUGAGAAGUGUUUAAGUGUUCCCCGGCUGUGCGUGCAAGUGCUGCGGCGCGAGACACAGCAGCAGAUAUCCCGCGUGCUCGAUGAAGAGACUAACGACACAGUGCGCAAAAACAACAGAUGAGUCUUUCUGGCCAGCGGCAAUGCCUCUCCGCUGUGUAUGUGUGUUCAGGUAGUGUCGGUCGAUACCAUCACGAGCACCUUGAUGGCGUUGAAUACGGUUAAUAGAGGCGUGCCAGCGGUUGUCAUGAACCUGGUCCAGAACAAAUACAGAGCACAGACGCCGGGAUGGCGAUUCUCGCCCUUUCUCUUUCUCUCUCUGUGUGUCCAUGUGUGUAUAUGUGCUUACAGGUGAGUCAUGUCGAUCGCGGCCAUCUGCUUAGCGAGGACGAGGACCAGUGGUUCACAAGCUACUACCAAGGCGCAACGUAAGAAGCAAAGACAGUCUGCGGCACACAUGCAAUGCUCCUGCUUCUCUUCUUGUCGUGGCAAGUCAGGAGAUGUACACAGUCCGCUUUACACAACCAUCUCUUCAACAUACCAAGAGCCAUCCAUUGCGAGCGUCGCUGCUCCAGAGCCGGCUGCUGCCCCUGGCCAACGGGGCCGACGGCGUCUUCCUUUCCGGCAUUGUGGACAGCCUGGUAUGACAUGAGAAUGAUUCACAACAUGGACAGGCGCGACGCGGUAGCCCUGAAACAAAUGUCUCCGCUCUUGAUUUUUGUUCAGAUAGGAUGCUCAAUGACACGAGCGGCUCACUUCCUGCUCUUUCAGUAUGGGGUGGUGCUCUUCGCCCUCCAGAAAAGCGAGCAAGAGAGGCUCGUGCUGUUCCCUGGAAGGCGAGAUGACGUGAUCGAGGCAUCUGACAUAGGGUGCGUCAUCACAGAGAACAAGCAGCGACUGAACCAGAUCAGCUCGCUGAUGCAGAAGGUAAUAUGCAGAAGGUAA